AUGGAGCGGCUCAUCCUCACCCAUCUCCGCUCCGAGGUCAGCCCCACCCUGGACCCGCUGCAGUUCGCCUACAGGCCCAACAUCGGAGUAGAGGUCGCCAUCAUCUACUUCCUGCAGCAGACGCUCUCCCACCUGGAGCCCGCAGGGAGCGCUUUUGGGAUUUCUCGUUUCUUUUACGCGUGCCUUUCAUUGUCCAAACCCAGGUUGAAACAUAAUGAACUUCUUCGACUUUCUGACUUCAUCCCACCAGUUUUCCGGCUCAAAGACAAAAGUGACCAACAAAAAUAUGGAGACAUCAUUUGUGAUUUUAGUUACUUCAAGGGCCAAGAGUACUACGAGGGAAAGCUUGAAGCCAAACCCGAGCUCCAGGAUCUGGAUGAAGAGUUUAGAGAAAAUAAUAUUGAAAUUUUGUCAAGAUUCUAUCUGGCAUUUGAAAGUGUCCAUAAAUACAUUGUUGAUCUGAAUAGGUAUUUGGAUGACCUACAUGAAGGUGUUUAUAUUCAGCAGACCCUUGAGACUGUACUACUCAAUGAGGACGGAAAACAACUCUUGUGUGAAGCACUUUACCUCUAUGGAGUCAUGUUGCUUGUAAUUGACCAGAAGAUUGAAGGAGAGGUCAGAGAGAGGAUGCUCGUUUCUUACUAUAGAUACAGUGCUGCCCGUUCAUCAGCGGACUCCAACUUGGAUGAUAUCUGUAAAUUGCUACGAAGCACAGGUUGGUCCAGUCAAACAGGAGCGAAGCGGCCGGCAAACUACCCAGAGAGCUACUUUCAGAGGGUUCCCAUCAGCACCACGUUUAUCAGCAUGGUGAUCGGAAGGCUGCGCUCUGAUGACAUCUAUAAUCAGGUUUCUGCCUAUCCACUCCCAGAACAUCGCAGCACAGCUCUGGCCAACCAGGCAGCCAUGCUUUAUGUGUGCCUUUACUUCAGCCCCUCCAUACUCCACACACAACAGGCCAAGAUGAGGGAAAUUGUGGACAAGUAUUUUCCUGACAAUUGGGUGAUCAGUAUUUACAUGGGAAUCACAGUCAAUCUGGUGGAAGCUUGGGAACCUUAUAAAGCUGCUAAAACUGCCUUAAAUUACACUCUGGACUCCGCCAACAUUAAAGAACAGGCCACUCGAUAUGCAGCCAGCAUCGACAGCCUGAGGCCCCAAGUGCAGCAGCUGCUAAAGGAAGGCUUCCUGCGGGAGGAGAUCAUCCUGGACAACAUCCCCAAACUGCUCAACUGUUUACGGGACUGUAAUGUGGCCAUCCGCUGGCUCAUGCUACACUCUGCUGAGUCAGCCUACGACCCAAACAACAAGCGACUUCGACAGAUAAAAGAUCAAGUACUGAAUGACUCCAAGUACAAUCCAAAGAUCCUAUUCCAACUGCUCCUGGAUACAGCACAGUUUGAGUUCACACUGAAAGAGAUGUUCAAGCAGAUGCUCUCAGAGAAGCAGCUCAAAUGGGAGAGCUACAAAAAGGAAGGAUCGGAAAGAAUGACGGAGCUGGCCGAAGUCUUCUCCGGGGUCAAGCCUCUGACGCGGGUGGAGAAAAACGAGAACUUGCAAGCUUGGUUCAGAGAAAUCUCCAAACAAAUUGAAUCUUUAAACUAUGAGGACUCCACAGCAGCUGGAAGGAAAACAGUGCAACUCAUACAGGCUCUUGUUGAGGUCCAGGAGUUUCAUCAGCUGGAGUCUAACCUGCAGGUUUGCCAAUUUCUGGCCGACACCAGAAAAUUCUUACAUCAAAUGAUUCGCACCAUCAACAUAAAGGAAGAGGUCCUCAUCACGAUGCAGAUUGUCGGCGAUCUGUCAUACGCUUGGCAGAUAAUCGACAGCUUCACAGCAAUUAUGCAAGAAAGCAUCAGAGCUAACCCUUCUAUGGUUACUAAACUGAGGGCAACCUUUCUUAAGCUUGCAUCUGCCUUGGAUCUUCCCUUAUUACGCAUCAACCAGGCCAACAGUGCUGACCUCCUCAGUGUCUCACAAUUUUAUUCUGGAGAGCUCGUGGCCUACGUCAGAAAGGUUUUGCAGAUUAUCCCAGAGAGUAUGUUCACCUCCCUGGCCAAAAUCAUCAAGCUCCAGAUUCACGACAUCAUGGAGGUCCCCACACGCCUCGAUAAGGACAAGCUGAAGGACUAUUCACAGCUUGGCGCUCGCUAUGAGGUUGCUAAACUCACCCAUGAGAUCUCCAUUUUUACUGAGGGCAUAUUGAUGAUGAAAACUACUUUAGUUGGGAUCAUAAAGGUGGACCCAAAGCAACUUUUAGAGGAUGGCAUCAGAAAGGAGCUGGUAAAAAGAGUGGCUUAUGCUCUGCACAAAGGAUUGAUUUUCAACCCGAAAGCAAAGCCCAGUGAGUUAAUGCCCAAGUUAAAGGAGAUGGCUGCUACUAUGGAUGGCUUCUACCGGUCGUUUGAAUACAUCCAGGACUAUGUCAGCAUAUAUGGGCUCAAAAUUUGGCAAGAAGAGGUGUCCCGGAUCAUCAAUUACAACGUGGAACAAGAAUGCAACAGCUUCCUCAGGACCAAGAUCCAGGACUGGCAGAGUGUAUAUCAGUCGAGCCACAUCCCCAUCCCAACUUUCCCCUGCGUGGAUGAAUCAGCCACUUUUAUUGGCCGCCUCUGCAGAGAGAUCCUCAGAAUAACUGAUCCCAAGGUAACGUGCUACAUGGAACAGAUGAACACCUGGUAUGACCUGAAGAGCCACCAGGAAGUGACCAAUAACAGACUGUUCUCAGAGAUCCAAAAUACACUAGGCACCUUCGGACUCAACGGGCUAGACCGCCUGCUCUGCUUCAUGAUUGUAAAAGAGUUGCAGAACUUCCUGUUGUUGCUUCAGAAAACAAUCCUCAAGGACAAAACUGUGGUAGAAGUAUUCAGAGUGAUGCAGGGGACUGUAAACCCAGUUAAGGGCAUUGUUGGUAAUGCCAGCAAAGUUUAUGCCAAUGCAGUUGCCAAAACUCAGAAAAUCUGGGGUCCAUAUCAGGAAGCCAUUAUGAAGGUCGGUCAGAUGCAGAUUCUUAGACAGCAAAUUGCAAAUGAGUUAAACUACUCAUGCAAAUUUGACUCUAAACACCUGGCCGCUGCCUUGGAAAACCUCAACAAGUCGCUACUAGCUGACAUUGAAGCUCAUUACCAGGACCCAUCUCUGCCCUAUCCCAAAGACAACACUUUGCUUUAUGAGAUUACAGCCUAUCUAGAGGCUGCUGGAAUUCACAACCCGCUCAAUAAAAUCUACAUCACCACAAAGCGCCUGUCUUACUUUCCAAUUAUAAACUUCUUAUUCGUUAUCAGUCAGCUGCCAAAGCUUCAGUACAACAAAAACCAAGGGAUGACAUGCAAAAAAGUUGCAGAUUCUGUCGACUGGGUCCCCCUGGUUCUUGGGCUGCUCACUCUUCUCAAACAGUUUCACUCAAGAUACACGCAGCAGUUCUUGGCUCUCAUUGGACAAUUUAUACGUUCCAUUAUGGAGCAGUGCACAAGUCAGAAGAUUCCUGACAUGCCUUCGGAUGUGGUGGGAGCUCUGAUGUUCUUGGAGGACUAUGUGAAGUAUACAAAACUCUCUCGCAAGGUGGCUGAAGCACAUGUACCCAGUUUCAUCUUUGACGAGUUUAGAACUAUCCUGUGA